GAUCAGAAAUAUACAAAGACGACGUCAUUCUUUCGUGGGAAAGUUGCAGCGCCGAUUCACGAUAUGCGGUGCGUUGGGAAGUGAUUACACAACAAUUUUCCCAGGCUUGCAUCGGGAUGGGGACACGAAACAAAGUGUUGGCCUAUAUCUUAUAUUUAGUUAUCUUAAUCGUAUUCGUAAGACAAAAUGGUGCUUCAGUUGACUUAACGGACAUUGGAUGUGGUCCUUUUGUCGACAACUACCUCCUGGGUAUCACCGAGAAGUCUUUUACUGCGACCUCGGGGCACACUGGGAUACCUUCACUGAAAGGUAUCGCAUGGAAACCGACGGUUAUGAGCGUCGAUCAAUCGCUAACAAUAGAUCUUGGUCAAAAGAUGGAAAUAUCGAAAUUUUCGUUUGGUGGAGAUGGAAACGAGACUGUACCUUCACCUGCUCCCACCAACAUCGUACUGCACUUUAGCGAUGACGGCGUGAAUUUCAAAUGCCUCAAGAAACCACUUGGAUCCUGUAAGGUAUAAAACACGAUUAAAUCA